AUGUGUGUGAUAUUCUGGACGACCUCUCAUCCGACCUACGACCUAGUUAUAGCCUCAAAUAGGGACGAGUUUCUUUCUCGACCCACCUUGCCUGCUGCUUGGCACUCGUUCUCUUCUCCCACUACCUCCUCUACCUCGUCGAGCUAUGAGGCAUCGCAUGAUAUACUAAGCGCACGAGACGCAACAGGGGGAGGAACCUGGCUGGGCAUCACACGAAAUGGUGCAUUCGCCACUCUAACCAACUUUACCGAACUCUCCGCACCCCUGCCUGAGGGAAUGGACCUUUUCGAAUCUCGUGGCAAACUCGUUCGGGAUUGGCUUAGCUCUCAAUCCUCCCUCAAAGCCAAGAGGAGUGCAGAAGAGGUGAAAGGCGAGGUGGAGAGGUAUUUGAAAGGUCUUGACGGCAAACUGGACAGGUUUCCUGGCUUUAAUCUGUUAGUUGGCUCAAUAUCAACCGAGGGAACUCUCGUGGGUUAUAUAACCAAUCGUAAUGCCGACGCAAGUCUCACUCGUAAUAGAGAACCGGAUAUCUUCCUCCCCACCAACCCAGAAGGAAAGGUACCGGGAGGCAUGUCCAACAGUGUCCUAUCUCAACCCUGGAGUAAAGUGAGCCAAGGAUCAUCCACGUUCUUAUCCACUCUCAACCGUUCGCACAGCUCAGAAGAUCAAAUCAUCCAAGAGCUCUACAAUUUGCUAUGGACAAGCUCGACCCCAGCUCCAGCACAAAGAUCAGAGUUACGCAACUCGGUCUUGAUCUCACCACUGCAGUUACCAACGACGGCCGAGGGUGGGAGGGAUUGGUAUGCGACCAGAACUUCAACUGUCAUUCUGAUAACGAAGCAUGGCAGAGCGAGGUUGGUUGAGAGAGAUACCUUCGCCGUGCAAGGGGGCAAGGCGGUCUUGGUGAACGGUCCAGAAGCAAGUGCGCCGGUCAAGGGUCAAAGUGGUGGGCAGAGGUCGUUUGAAUGGAAGAUCGAGUAG